AAAAAAGAAAGAAAAAAAAGAGAGAGAGAGAGUGGAAGAACAGACAAACGCAUCCGAAUCGUAACGCGUCUUCAUCGCCAUGCAGCUCAGGUUCGCGAGGGAGAUGAUGAUGAACAGCGACAUUUUGUUUCUUCUGGUGAAGAGAUGAACAACGCUGGAAAUCGACUUCUCCGAUUGAAUUUGGGUUCGGAUUCGCUGCUUCUGUGGUGGGUCUCGAUACCUUUUGCAGAAAGCUACGAACUUUGAAGAGAAGUACACUAUUGUCUAGAUGGUGUGCUCAGUUGGCAGUGGAAGAAUGGCUGUUAUGGCUAGGCUUUUAGAAGCGAGGAGUUUCACACAGAAUGUUGAAGAAUAUAUUGGAAACCAGAAGUUAGUGGCUCAGUACAUUCGCAAAGAAAUCGUUGAGGCGGAUGAACCAAAUUUACUUGAUGAAGAAGAUAUGCAUAUGUUCGGUCUGAAGCCUAUGGAGGAUCCUUUGCAGUUGAUAUAUUGCCAUGCUUGUAAGAAGCCAAUCAAAGCGAGUCACUUCGCAGCUCAUGCAGAUCUUUGUAGGUUUUUGAGCAGUACAAGGGACGCAAAAGCUGAUCUUGACUACUGUACUGAACGCAGAAAACCUCCUCGACGAAAACAAAAGGGACAAUUAGUCUCAGUUAGUGCUAACCUAUACCAAUUUUUAGUUGACAGAAAGCAAGAGACUGGAAGCCCGAUGGAUGCACAUGAUAGCAUCACAACAGAAACUCACGACAAUGGAGAACUUAGUUCCUUCUUCAGUGUCGCAGAAGCUGGUAAUUAUACAAGGUGCACACUUUCACAGAGUCAAUACAUAGAUCACAAUUCUGCUGAUGAUACAUGCCACCGUGAUCUUCAUGACAAUCAUGUGCAAAAUCAAACAGAUGUUCCAGCUCCUCUUGCCACCAAAAUUUACUACUCUCAAAGAAACAAUCGUCUCAGAUCUGAAAUUGGUUACAUGUUCCAAGCAGCAGAUGCUCAAGAACUUGAUUAUGAUGUUACUGCUCACGCAACGCAACAAAAUAUUACACAACCAAAGUUCUCAUCUCAGAGUAGUUCUCCGCUUGGACAGGCCUAUCGGCUUGUUUUGCAGAAUUCUGACGCUAGGCUGAUGGUGGAAGGAUUGAUGAACUUUGCUGGUGGCAGCUCAAGUCAAUCCUCUAUUGAUGGAGCUGUAAGGCAAGAAGCUUUAUCCACAAUACCGCAAGGAUCUACACAAGAAAAUGUGCAAAGAACAGAUGGAGAUGCUCCAUGUACAGACAUCUUUGGUCAGCGAUACUACUAGGAAUUGUGUUAGAUGACUCCAAAGUCGGAAUCCAACUUUUGUAAAGCUAGAAAUCAGUCAUGCAAUUAUAUUCCUUCUCGCCUCA